AGACGACCUGCAUCUUUAGCUUUACGAGCUUAUAAUAUCCGUGGUUGUGUUUAAGAAUGUCGACCGAUGCUGCUGUGGAAAUGCCUAAUGAGGCUGUUCCUGUGUCUGACUCGCCGGUCAAAAAGGUAGCAGACGUCCAGAAAGUGGAUGACGAGCCUGUGAAAGAGACUAACGGAACUCAUGAAAAUGGCUGUAGUGAUGAGAGCUUGAAGCGAAAGUCAGUUCCCAAAGACGAUGUUGCGAAUGGCGAUUCGGAUGCUACCCCAGCGAAGAUUUUGAAAUCCGAUGGCGGGGGUGAUAAUAAUUCAGAGGCUGCCGGAGAAUCUGUUGUGACGAAGGAAGACGUCCAAGUUGAUUCGUCUGAAGAGAAGAAAACUGAAGCGCCGGUUGAAGUGCCCGCGAAAGAAGAAGAAGCGAAGGCCGUGGUUGAAGAGAAAACUGCUCCUGAAGUUUCUAAGGAGGCCGAUGAAAAGGCAGAUGUUGCUGAUGAUAAGAAGGAAUGAAGUUCCACUCGCGGAACUCCCGAAUUUCAUGAGUUCAGCUAAAUUGUUAAUUCGAGUUAAAGAACGGCACAAUCCUUUAAAAAAGAAUUCCUCUGUUUAUACCGGUCGAUCUCCGUUAUUCUCAAUCAUAUCGAUGAUCCUUUUCGCGAUACUGAUUUUGGAGAGUUCGAACUCAAAAUGUGAAGUCAGCUGUUUUUUUUA